GACAUUCCGAUACGAUCUAAGACUCACAGAGACACCCUCUGGUCCCAUUCACACUGAGGAACAGGUUUGGCUAGAAAAAAGUUUUCCUCAUGUGAUGAGCAUCAUACCAAUCACACAACACUUUUCUCGAGCAACCUGGGCCCUUUAAAGACGGGCUGAGGCGGGAGAAAGAGGCUCUUUGGCUUUACAGGCUGCACGAAGAAUUAAAGAUGUCAAAAGACGAUAACAGCGUACACAUCUUUCAGGGGCUAUUAAUCCUGGGCAAUGUGGUCAUUGGGAUGUGCGGUAUUGCCCUGACAGCAGAGUGCAUCUUCUUUGUGUCCGAUCCCCAUGGUCUCUACCCUCUGCUGGAAGCCACAGAAAAUGAUGACAUCUAUGCUGCUGCCUGGAUUGGCAUCUUUGUUGGCUUUGCACUCUUUUCUCUGUCUGUCCUUGGCAUCACUGGAGUCAUUAAGUCCAACAAGACCUUGCUGCUGGUGUAUAUCAUUCUGAUGCUGAUCACUUAUGCAUUUGAAAUGGCUUCUUGCAUCACAGCAGCAACUCACCAAGACUUUCUCACUCCAAAUCUCUUCCUGAAGCAAAUGCUGGAGAGGUAUCAGAAGAUGGAGACAGACAAUAACAAUGACAAAUGGAUGAGUGAAGGGGUCACAAAAACAUGGAAUAAUCUCAUGCUUCAGAAUCACUGUUGUGGUGUGCAUGGCCCAUCCGACUGGCAGAAAUAUGCGUCUGCCUUCCGGAGCUCGUACAACGAUGCUGACUACCCUUGGCCGCACCAGUGCUGCGUCAUGGAUGCCCGAGGGUCUCCUGUCAACUUGGAUGGCUGCAAGCUUGGAGUGCCUGGCUACUAUAACAGUAACGGUUGUUAUGAUGCUAUUUCUGGGCCAAUGAACAGACAAGCCUGGGGUGUUGCCUGGUUUGGUUUUGCCAUCCUCUGCUGGACUUUCUGGGUUCUCCUCGGUACUAUGUUCUACUGGAGCAGAAUUGAAUACUGAAGGGCUGGUGUCCUCAACGUUGACCUGAAGCACUGAAUGAAACUACCUUCAUUCAUCUCCUGCUCCAUUCUCCUUGUGCCACUGAGGAUUUGAAGUUUUCCCACUACCUCUCCUGUAUCAUUUUUGCCCCUCCAAAAACUUGACACACUGAGGUGAUGUCUCCAGGAAAGCAUCUACCUGUCCCUCCUUCACCUCUUGUUCUGCAGCCUUUAUGCCUCAUGGCUGAGACACAAUCCUUUUGCCGUGCAAGAAAUCCUUGGAGCAUAAGAUAAGAGAUGAUCUGAUUUGUUCUGUGAUGACACUGGAAAGGAAAAUGUCCAGUUCAUGUAUACUUGCUCCAGAAAAGUAUCUCUCUCAAACUCAGUUGAAUGUAAAACAUAACACUAAAGGUUCUGGCAUGGGCUAUGUGAGCAAAACAGUAACCUCCUGUGACCAAUAAAGAUGGAGGCUGCAAGAGAGAAGACUGCAGAACUCUCUGAUACAUUUUAUCUUUCUACUUCUGUUCCUGGUCUCUGUCACCCCUUUCCUUAGAAGAAUGCAGAUUUUCUGGGAGUUUAAGUGUGUCAGCAGUGAAGACAUGUCCCAGUUAAAAAGUCUGUUGCUAGUCAAGCCCAAUAAAAGGCUAGCUCAUUCCUCUGCCAUACGCUGCCUAUAUUUAAGCCUACCUCUUGUCACUGGUGAAACUACUGCAUGCACUCCUACUUUCAGAAGUGCCAGUCCAUGAAAUGCUCUGCUUAUUAAGAAUGACUUUUUCAAAAAGCUGUAUGUACUUUGUACAAAAUUUCACACCACCAGCUAUAAUGUGUGCAGAAUACAAGGGUUCUGUGCUAUAACUGACUUUGCAAAACUGGCUGUCGCAUCUUUACACUACUAUGCUUCCUGCUUCAGCUAACUGCAUGCGUAUAGUCAUGUCCCCUGCAUACUCGCCCUUCCACAUCGCCAGAUCAGGUGAGACAAACUGCAAAUAAUAGCAAUAAGUAACUCCUGUGAAAAAUGCAGGCAAGAAACUGAGUGAACCAAAUCUGGUCCUUGCAGCAAGAGUUAACAAUUCUCACUCAGUUCAGCAGUGGCCGUUUACUUUGGCUCAGACUGAUCUGGUGUCUUUUCUAAUGAAUGCUUCAGCAGUUACAUGUGUUGUGUGAAAUAUGUUCCUGUAUAUAAUGUUUUAAGGUGAAACCUCUUCUUAAUGUGUACUGGGCCAGGUUGUGAGAGCUUACCAGCUGCCUUCAAUCUUCAUUUUUGUAUAUUCUUCAAAAUACUAAUUAAAAAGAAGUGGAAAUGAAA